AUGUCCCAACAAAACUCGCAGGAGAAGCUAGAGGAGGUGAUCAAAGGUAUCAAGGGCAAGAUUGAGAUUGAGCAGAAUAUAAUUCAAGGUUACCAAGAUGUCAAGAGAAGCUCAACAAAUGCCGAAGUCCAGCAGAAAUGCAAGUCCAAAAUCAUUGAAUCACAGACGUUGAUUGACUACUACCUGGAAUCGUUGAACAAACUAACCAUUCAAAUGCAAAAACUAUCGACUAAUGACGGAAAUGGAUAUGGAGAUGGAGAUGGAAAUGGAAGCGGAAACGGCACGGGCGCUGGCAAUGGAUCAGGAUCCGCACUGGGACUGGCGCUGGACAGACACUCGACGAUAUCGGAAUAUAAGCCGUCAUACUCAAGGCUUGACUUGAUCAAAUACGAGUGUCCUUCUUUGGGACACAAGAUCCAGCAUAUGAUUCAACAGUUGCAGUUCAAGUUGCAAGUGGAAAAUCAGUAUCGAGAAGCCAACAAGAAAAUCUCGCAUCUAUACUUAAUGGAUGGCGAUAAAUCAUCGAGUAAUGCUGCUGAAGGAGGCAAAGCCGAAAGCGAUCAAAGAAUCCAACUUUUGGAAAAGACAUUGAAAAAGUAUCAGAAUUUCAAUAUUAACUGGGAGGAUUUCACUAGAGACUAUGAGAUUAUGGACACUCCCAAGCAUGUUCGGAAACCAUUGAGUGGGAAAUUGUUUGUUAAUAUAACAUGCGUCAGAGACGUUGAUCAUAUUGCCACCUCGGCUUUUAAGAAAAGAGAAACAGUGGUUAGCGUUCGCAUUGAUGAUGUCGAGAAAAGUCGCACUAAACCUUCCAAGAACGAUAAUUGGAGUGAAGAAAUCGUCAUCAAUGUGGAAAAGAGUCAUGAGAUUGAGCUAUCUGUCAUGGACAAACAGGGCAGUUCGUAUGUACCCAUUGCAAUCAACUGGCUUUCGUUGUUUGAUUUGGCCGAGGAAAUUCGUAAAAAGAAGGUGGCCAAUGACAGAAGGUCAAGUGGUUGGUUGCCUGCUUCCAACUUGCCUCAGGCGAAUGGAAGCUCGGGAAAACUUGGUGUUGGAGGAGGAGCAGCACCAGCUGGUGCUGCAGCUGCAACUGCUCAAAAUGAGGUUUACCCAACACGGUCUCCAGGAAGAGCUGAACAUGACGCUGCUGAACCACACCAAAAAGUGCAGGUUAGCACAUGGAUCAGUUUAGAGCCGUGCGGUCAAAUGCUCCUCAGCUUAAACUUUGAGAAAUCUGUAACUCAGGGAAAACAGUUUAUGGGCCCGCUUGGUCGUCAUGGUGCCAUUCGUCAAAAGAAGGAAGAAGUGUUUGAACAACAAGGACAUCAAUUUGUUCAAAAGCAAUUUUACAAUGUCAUGUGCUGUGCACUUUGCGGCGAGUUUCUACGUUAUUCCGGGUUCCAAUGUCAAGAUUGUAAAUUUCUAUGUCACAAGAAAUGCUAUCAAAAAGUGGUUACCAAAUGUAUUUCGAAAUCGGGCGCAGACUAUGAUGCCGCGCAAUUGAAACACCGCAUUCCGCAUAGAUUUGAGCCCAUUACAAACCACGGGACAAAAUGGUGCUGCCAUUGUGGUUAUCUCUUACCCUGGGGUAAGAAGAAUGCACGCAAGUGUUCCGAGUGUGGAGUUAUGUGCCAUGCUCAAUGCACGCAUCUCGUGCCGGACUUGUGUGGAAUGUCGUUGCAGAUGGCCAAUGAGAUUCUCGCGACGAUCAAAUCGACAAAAGUUUCGCCAAAGAAGAUCAGACAGGUGCAAGAAAAGGCUCGUACUCUGUUGGAGGAACAGCAACAACAGUUGCAAAAGCCGCCGAUUAUAGAGAAAAAAUCUUCUUAUGAAUCUGGGGAAAUGUUGCAUCGCUUUGCUGAUGAGGAACAAGAGAAUGACUAUGAGGCCAGGUUACCAACCACUAAUAAUCAGAAAUUGUACCAAGAGCCAGUAGAACUGGCGGGGGGCGCUGGUCGUGGAGGAAGGAGACGUCCACCACAAGCGGAAACUCCCUUCGUGACGCCUCCCGCGGUGAUUGAACCCAUCAGCUCAGACUUGUACCCUACCCAGCAGCCAUUAGUGCAACCAGUGAUGGAUUUGAAGUAUUGUCCAAUUGAAGAACGCAAGCGUCAAGAAGCAUUGUUGAAACAGCAACAACAGCAGGAACAACAACAGCAACAACAGCAACAGGCAAUGGAGACGGACAAAUUGCGCAAGAACAACGAAAGCAGAGCCAAGGAGGAUGAGUUCCGCCACUUUGACUAUGACAACAUUGCCACGCAGGACCAGAUUAUGCCAUUGGAUGAGAAGCAAGAGCCACAAAUUAUCAGUCCCUUUGAGGACCAGCAGAUUGUUCCACCAGUGGAAGAACACAAGCCGCAUCACCACCACCACGACCAACAUCAUCACCAUCACCAUCAUCAUCAUCAGCAUAGUCGUGAAGAGACUCCCGCCGCAAUAACGACUUUAACUAAACCCAAGAGCAAACGCCGUAGAAGAAAAGUUGGAUUGGAUGAUUUCCAGUUUUUGGCAGUCUUGGGUAAAGGUAAUUUCGGUAAAGUGAUGUUGGCCGAAUCGAGACACACGCAGAAGCUAUGCGCCAUCAAGGUGUUGAAGAAAGACUUUAUAGUUCAAAAUGACGAAGCUGAGAGUGUUAAAUCGGAAAAGCGAGUGUUUCUCACUGCCAAUAGGGAGAUGCAUCCGUUUUUGUUGAAUUUGCAUUGUUGUUUCCAAACGGAAAACCGGAUUUAUUUUGUGAUGGAGUACAUUUCAGGAGGAGAUUUGAUGUGGCAUAUACAAAAGAACCGGUUCACUGCCAAGAGAGCCAAGUUUUACGCUUGUGAAGUGUUGCUUGGAUUGAAAUAUUUCCAUGAUAAUGGUAUUGUUUAUCGAGACUUGAAAUUGGACAAUAUUUUGCUUACUACCAAGGGGCACAUUAAGAUUGGCGAUUAUGGGUUAUGUAAGGAGAACAUGUGGCAGCAUAGUACCACCACUACAUUUUGUGGCACGCCCGAGUUUAUGGCCCCCGAGAUUGUUUUGGGCAAGCAUUACGACCGAUCGGUUGAUUGGUGGGCAUUCGGUGUUCUAUUGUUCCAGAUGCUCUUGUGCCAGUCGCCUUUCAAAGGUGAAGAUGAAGAUGAUAUCUUUAAUGCUAUCGAGAAGGAUGAAGUCAAGUAUCCCAUCAGUUUAUCAAGACAAACGGUUUUGGUUUUACAGGCGUUGUUGACUAAGGACCCUGCGCAGAGACUCGGAAGCGGGCCACGCGACGCGGAAGAGAUUAUGGAGCAUUCCUAUUUCCAAGAUGUCAAUUUCGACGAUGUCUUGAAUUGCCGUGUUCCGCCACCUUAUAUCCCUGAGGUCCACUCUGAGCACGACUAUUCUAAUUUUGACAAGGAGUUUACUUCGGAGACGCCAAGAUUGACGCCGGUUGAUACUGUCUUGACUUCAGAGAUGCAGGAGCAGUUUAGGGGCUUUUCGCAUAUCUCGGAACAAGCUACAAUUUAG